AUGGUGGCAGGCAGUUGUGCACAACUUAGAAGAGAUAGUCAGGCGAACUGUAUGCUUCUAAAUCUUGUGACAAACUUGCCUCAGCCUCAUUCUUCAUCUGUUUCAGGUUGUUUGUGAGCAGAUUCAUCAUCAGUAGAUGACAGUUUCUUAACUGAAGACUGCAGGCAGAGUUGUGAUGCAACUGUUGAGAUUAGUUAUACGCUAAUUUUGCUGCUGUUACAUUAAUGGUUGUUCUUCUCUACACCCAAAGCAGGAAACUUUGGUCACGAACCCAAACCCUAAUUCCAGCUUGCCUAGAAGGGAGAGUUUCUUCUAAUUCUUCGAAUUCCUUGUCUUUUGGGGUUUUUUUUCUCCUCUCUGUGGGAGUUGAUCGAUCAUGGAUUCCGAAGAUGAUAUGCUCGAUGCGCACGAUAUGGAAUCGGGGGAGGAUGAUUUCUACAGCGGCGGGACCGAGGACUACGAUGACAGUGAUGAUGCGGAACCCGAUUACGGGUUCGUUGAGGAAGACACCAACGAUUCCGCGAUGAUCGCCUCGCAUCGCUCUCAGAAAGGUUAUGGCGUUCUUAAGGAAGAAGAUAUCCGCAGGCAACAGAAGGAUGAUAUUGCAAGAAUCUCUAUGGUCCUUUCCAUAUCCAAAGUCGAAGCAAGCAUUCUGCUUCAUCACUAUCAUUGGAGCGUUAGUAAAGUUCACGAUGAAUGGUUUGCUGAUGAAGAAAGAGUUCGGAGGACUGUUGGGCUAUUGGAAAAACCCAUUUUUUCCUCGUCCGUUGGUGGAGAAAUUACAUGUGGGAUAUGUUUCGAAUCCUACCCUCCUGAGAGAAUUGCAUCGGUUUCUUGUGGCCAUCCUUUCUGCACGACAUGCUGGACAGGCUACAUAAGCACAACAAUCAAUGAUGGCCCUGGAUGUUUGAUGCUGAGAUGUCCAGAUCCAUCUUGCCCUGCUGCUGUUGGACAUGAUAUGAUCGAGAGGCUGGCAUCUGAGGAAGACAAGGACAAGUAUGAUAGAUAUUUUCUUAGGUCUUACAUUGAAGACAACAGAAAGAUGAAAUGGUGUCCUGCCCCAGGAUGUGAGUAUGCAAUUGAAUUUGCUGCGGGUACCGGAAGUUAUGAUGUUUCCUGCCUAUGUUCAUAUAGCUUUUGUUGGAAUUGCACAGAGGAGGCUCACCGUCCUGUUGACUGUGGUACAGUUGCGAAAUGGAUACUAAAGAACAGCGCAGAAUCUGAAAAUAUGAAUUGGAUACUUGCCAAUUCAAAGCCUUGUCCAAAGUGUAAGCGGCCAAUUGAAAAGAAUCAAGGCUGUAUGCAUAUGACAUGCACACCGCCUUGUAAAUAUGAAUUCUGCUGGCUUUGCCUUGGUGCUUGGUCGGACCACGGGGAAAGAACUGGUGGUUUCUAUGCUUGUAACCGUUAUGAGGCAGCCAAGCAAGAGGGGCUGGUACGACCUUUGUAUGACGAGACCGAAAGGAGGCGAGAGAUGGCAAAGAAUUCGCUCGAGAGAUACACCCAUUAUUAUGAACGCUGGGCUAGUAAUCAAUUGUCGAGGCAAAAAGCUAUGGCAGAUCUGCAGCAAAUGCAAUCCGUGCAUCUCGAGAAGCUUAGUGACAAACAGUGCACACCAGAAUCUCAGCUCAAGUUCAUCACAGAGGCCUGGCUUCAGAUAAUUGAAUGCAGGCGUGUCCUGAAAUGGACAUAUGCAUAUGGGUAUUACCUGCCUGAACACGAGCAUGCCAAACGACGAUUUUUCGAGUAUUUGCAAGGGGAGGCGGAAUCGGGGUUGGAGAGGCUCCAUCAAUGUGCAGAGAAAGAGCUGAAUCAGUUUCUCAAUGCCGAAGGCCCAUCCAAGGAUUUCAAUGAUUUCCGGACAAAGUUAGCUGGUUUGACUAGCGUGACCAAAAACUAUUUCGAGAAUCUGGUGAGAGCACUGGAGAAUGGACUGGCUGAUGUGGACACACAUGCAGCCGCAGCUUGUAGCAGUAGCAAGUCAACGAGCUCGAAACCCGUGAGCGGUUACAGUAGCAAGACGAGAGGAGGCGGUGGGAAGGGUAAGGCAAACUCCAAAACCGGCGGUUUGGGCGGCAGAGGUGACAACAACCGAUGAAGCCUCCUCUCUAGAUGCUUCAAUCACGUCCCACAACGUUCCCUUUUUCCCGCUUCUGCCAUCCAUCGUGUUUGAAGGUACGAGUUAGAGAAGGAAAAGGUAAAAGAAUCAGUCUGUGCCGACAUUGGAAUUCUUGCAGAUACCGGGGAAUGAACUGAAGCGACGCUCUUUUCGCCGUUGUCCGGAGGGAUAAUUAAAAAGGGUUUGUGACAAAUUGCUACUACGUGUAGUGUAAAAUUAUCUGACUGUGUUUUGUCUUCACAUUAUCUGUUUUCACUUUCAUUUCUUUGUUCGAACCCAAACGAUGGACAAAACGGGUUUAAUGUAAAGAAGAACAUUUCAACAAAAUCAGCACAUGAAAUCAAAUCUCUUUCACUCAA